CUGCUGUUCCCCCACCCUGGGUCAGCACCACAGCAGAUACUUCUUAAGGCUCCUUCUGAUCUCUUCUGUGAGUGCCACAUGGAGUCCAUGGAAGAAGAGGGUGUGGACUCCCCCCAGUAUGUUUGGCCCCAAAGGUUUCACAGUAUUCUGCAUUCUGGAGUCUGCCUUUACUGCUUCCCAGCCAUACCAGUUUACUCCCUCUGGUGGGCUUGUGCCACCCUUCUUUCUUCCUGGAGGGAAGCUUUUGGACCAGGUGUUUUCUCUGCAACCUCAGGUCUCCUGUGGGUUUACAUAAAUUCUUAAAUUUGAAGCUAGUUUUCUUUUUUUGCUGCAAGGACGGAAGAAAUACUUUUUUCAGCCCUCUACAUCUUGAGGCAGAGGUCUUUAUGUUUUUUACAACAUCAAUUUCUGGGGUGCCUGGGUGGUUCUUUUGGUUAAGCAUCUGACUCUUGAUUUCAGUUCAGGUCAUGAUCUAACAGCUCCAUGAGAUUGAACCCCACAUGGGGCUCUGUGCUGAGAAUGGCACCUGCUUGGGAUUCCCUCUCUCCCUCUCUCUCUGCCCUUCCUCCACUCAUGUGUGCCCUCUGUCUCUCUCAAAUAAACUUUAAAACACUAGCUUCAAAAUAUACUCCUCAGCUAAGCCAAAUGGAAGAAAGUUUAUUCUGACCUCUGCACAUGAAUGAUUUAUUCUGGAAAUACAUGAUGAUGUGAUAAUGACUUGAGAGCUCCUAAAGCACUAUGUGAAGCUCACUUACCUAAAUAUUAAUGCUUGAUUUAUUUUUUAGGAUAUAGACUUCUAUUUGAAGUAAGGACAGACAACCAAGCAACUCAAGCCUAGAUUUUCCUAAAAUACUAGAUUUGAAGGCAUAUUCUUCCAGCAAAAAAUUACAUAUGCCUGAAUUGAGGUAAACCUUCCCUGAAGAGAGGAUGAAGUAGGCCAGAACAGCCAUCACAGGUGCUUGAAGGUUUGAUUGGACCUGGAGGAUCCACUUCUAAGAUGACUGUCUUGGCAGAUGACCAGCAGGGAACAGAUAGGAGGAUGCCAUUGCUGUAUUGUUUGUGGUAACAGAAGUUGGAAGCAAUCUGGCUAUUUUCAUUGGUAGUGUUACAAGGUACUACAUGGCUAUUAGAAACAGAAUAGAUAAACAUAACACAACAUGGAUCUUACACAGUUUUGAAUUUAAAAAAGUAAGUCUCAGUUAUUUCCUUUGUAGUUUCCUCUGUUUUCCAUUUUUAUUUGGCUGUCUGUUAGACAUUACAGACUUAACAUGUCAAAAUCAAAGCUCCCAGUUUUGUAUCCACUGCCAAACACCCACCUAUCACAAGUGAACUGCUAAAAACCCAUUCUCUUCUUCCAAUUUUCCCCAUCUCAAUUAGUGUCAUUACUACCAAUCCUGUUGCUGAGCCAAAAAUGCUAGGAAUCAUCUUUGAUUUUUCUUUCUGUCCAUCCCUACACUAGUAACACAUGAUGCCAUAGUAAUGUUCUGUCCUCUCUACCUCCAAUAGUACAUCUGGAUGCCUGGGAUUCUGUGUACUGAACAAGUAAUUCACAUGAUUCUGAUGCAGGAGAUUCAUGGAUCACACAUUUGCAACAAUUUGAAGAACUUCGCAGAUGAACUCCAUAGCCUGGAUGUAUAGAAAAAAUUAGGAAAAAGUUUACUUCAUCUGCAUUUUUUUCUCCUCAUAAAGCCAUAUAAAUAAGAAGAGGACUCGGCUGUGAAGACAAAUAUGUCACUGAGGUAGGUAACGUGGUCCAAGCCUGAGGAAUUCAAGGAAAGAAGAGAAGUCUACUGGACUUUUUCCAUCCCUGAUAUGCACAGGAAAUGAAGAGAUCACCUGGCAUGCUUGGAAUUGAGAAAAUGUCCUGGGUGCUCUUCCUAAUCCCACAUCUGGGCAUCUGGAGUAUCAACGAUUUUAUGUACAAUUGACAAUUACUAACAGAAGGUUUGUAGAAGAUAACAGAAAACCUGUUUCCAAGAAAAAACUCUCCCACCAAAACAAAGGGAGGCAAUUUCCUGUAUGCAGACCAAAAGAGGGCAAAGAUCAUGUAAUGAACAACUGUAUGUAAAGAGAUAUUCCACAUACACUGUGUCAGCAGGGUAUCCAUUUAAUCUGGAGUGCCCUGUGAAAUACUGUACUAAGAGGCCUAUUGUGACCUGGUGCAAGCUCAAAGGAAAAAACUGUUUACCUCUUGCAUAUAAACUUCUGGGAUACACAACUUGGAAAGAAGGGGAGAAUAUUUCAGUUUUUAGUCUCCAUUUUAAUCACGCGCUGGCUAGUGAUUCUGGUUCAUACCGCUGUUCUGCGAAUUUUACAUCUGGAGUUAUUGAAAGCCAUUCAGUAACCAUUAAUGUGACAGAACAGACUCAAAAUAAUUCAGAAUACCCUCUAAUAACAUUGACUCACAUUUCAGAUACAACUGGUGCCUCAGGACCACCCUCUCAGGAAGUGACGGCGGACAAACGAUGGAUGCUUUAUAGUUUGCUUCCUUUGGGGGCAUUGCCUCUGCUCGUUACCUGUUUGUGCCUGUUCUUCUGCCUUAGAAGGCACCAAGCAGAAAAAAAGGAGCCUUCUGACACAGCAGGAAGGGAAAUUAACCUGGUUGAUAUUCCCCAGCCCUUUCGGAGUGAGGAAACUGAAGUGGGAACCGGGCAAAAUCCCCAAACACUGCUAUCAGAAACUGGUACUUAUGAUAAUGACCCCUGGUUCAGGGUCCAGGAAGAGUCUGAAGUUUAUUCUAACCCAUGUCUGGAGGAAAACAAGCAGGGCAUUGUUUACGCUUCUUUGAACCAUUCUGUCAUUGGAAUAAACCCAAGACAAUCAAGGAAUGUGAAAGAAACACCUACAGAAUAUGCGGCCAUAUGUGUGAGGAGUUAAAUUCGAUCUUGAUCUCCAACUGGUGAUCACUGAAAGAUAUGCAUGUCAACACCAUUACCAAGCCCAACAAAAGGUUAAAUAACAUUCCUUGACCUGAGAAGCUUCACUUUAAGGAGGUUCAUGUUGGUGCUCGGGUCUUAAGGGUUCAUAGGACAAAUGACUAAAAUUUCUCCCCCCAAAUUCUGAGGGAACUUUUUAUAUGACCCCCUUGAACAACAACACAAAAACCUUUCCCUCUAAGACUAAGUGAUAUUAUGAGUAGCAGAGUGGCAGAAUAUUUAAACGUAGCUACAUUUUACCCAAUGUACAAAGCUAAUAUAUUUUUUGGAGGAUAAGAGACACAUGUAAGUAAGAGAGGUUUGUGUUAUCUGGAUCAGUUCACUACACUCUCUUGACAAAGAAAGGAUGUCCCAAUUUGACUAACUAACCAUCAACACAGUCAUGAUAAUAUGUUUAUUUCUGGUCAUUCUUCCAUGAUGAGAAAUAUUCCUCUGUCCCUCUAAUACUGUUUUUUAAUGUAAAGAAGUAACUUUAGACUUGAUAUAAGAAAAGAAUGGAAAGCAUAAAUGGUUCAGUAAAGAUGUGGGCUACACCGACUACCGUAGAGCAGAUGCUCCCCAUACCUGACACGCAAAUGGUUUUACAUUGUUGAGCAAAUAUAGGCAGUAAUGGAGCAAUUAAUGUGUGGUGCAUUUAUAAACAAAGUUGUGACUCAGUGGUUAGGUCACAUGGACUAAUGUAUAUGAAUGUGAUAUAAUGCUGCUGAAUUAAUAUACUUGUGGUUGUUUAAAUAAACAUAAAAAUAAGCAUCA